CCUCUUGGAACUGGUCCUGAAAAGUUGUUCUUAUAGGAGUGUUUAUAUCUGGACACACACACGUACUCACCAGCGCUCCUGUGCUGGUGCUCCUAUUGUUUGGCAUGACAGUGUGGUAUUAUUUUAGGCUUUGUGAUGGCCUGUAUUGCUCCCCAGUGGGGUCUUUUGUGUUGGAGGGCUAUGGUGACGCUGCAGGGGCAGGUUUGUGCUGACGCUGGCCUGUGGGGAUGACAGGGCCUGAUAUGGCCGAAUGAGUAGUCCAGAGAGAGUCAGCAGCAAAGCAGCUCAGAAAUGGAGUAGGACCUGGGCACGUACACACUCUCUCAUACACAUUCUUAAUAACAGUUUGUUCAUCCAACUGAAGCACAGCCAUGCAGGAAUCUCCUGGCUCUAUUGGUGUGGAUGGGGGUUAUGCCAGUAAUGUGCCUGCCUUCCUAACCAAACUGUGGACCCUGGUCGAGGACCCGGACACCAACCAUCUCAUCUGCUGGAGUGCUACUGGAACCAGCUUCCAUGUUUUUGACCAGGGAAGAUUUGCCAAGGAGGUGCUGCCAAAAUACUUCAAACAUAACAACAUGGCCAGCUUUGUCCGUCAGCUCAACAUGUAUGGCUUCAGGAAGGUGGUGAACAUAGAGCAGAGUGGCCUGGUGAAGCCAGAGCGAGACGACACAGAGUUCCAGCACCUCUACUUCCUGCAAGGCCACGAACACCUGCUGGAGCACAUCAAGAGGAAGGUCUCCAUCGUGAAGAGUGAAGAGACUAAAGUACGACAGGAGGACUUGAGUAAGCUGCUGUAUGAGGUGCAGGUGCUGCGCAGUCAACAAGAGAACAUGGAGUGUCAGAUGCAAGACAUGAAACAGCAGAAUGAGGUGCUGUGGAGAGAGGUGGUCUCACUGAGACAGAACCACACCCAGCAGCAGAAAGUAAUGAACAAGCUGAUUCAGUUCCUAUUCAGCCAGAUGCAAUCAAACGCACCCAGCACUGUAGGAAUGAAGAGAAAGCUUCCCCUCAUGUUGGAUGUUGGCUCCACCACACCUCCAGCCUCUAAGUUCAGCCAUAGCCACCAAAUGGAGUCCCUGCAUGAGCCCUUCUAUAUCCAGUCGCCAUCUACAGAAACGGCCUCUUGCUCCAAUAGUGCAAUGACAGGAGGACCAAUCAUAUCAGACGUUACGGAAAUGUCACAGCCCACCAACAUGGCCAUUCAAAUGCAAACAGAGGAGACAAGGGAUAAGUGUAUGAUGCUUAUCAAAGAGGAACCAGUGAGCCCAGGGGUGCGAGGCAGGGGGGAUGGUGUUCCACUGGGCUCCUGCGAGGUGUGUUCUGAACCCCCUGUCCUCCAUGUUGCCAUGGUACAGUCCGUCCUGGAGGGCAGAGGGUCUGGAGCAGAGAGGAGGAGCAAGAGACCUGCUCUGGAAAGACCAGAAGUACCUGAUGCUGUAGAGAAUGUGGACAUGAGUCUAGAGGACUUGCAGCUUCUCCUGAGGACCCACCAGCAAAGCGUGGAGCCCACCGCUGCUGUCAUAGAUCCAUUCAAUUUCAACCUGCCCUUGAGUGAGUGGAACUUUAAUGAUAUGGAGUCCAACCUAAAAUCAUACAUGUUUCAGAGCCAGGAGGCAGAGGCUUACCCCAACGCUGGAUGUGACGAACAGUAACAGCUUGACAGAUCAGCUGACACAGGCUAGUCCUGACAAAGACAGAAAACAAGACAUUCCUCAAGGCUCUCAGAUGUGUUCCAUCCGCAGUCGUCACAUCUUAGAUCCAGCGCACCUGACCCAAUGUGAGCAGAGCAGGAGGGAUUCCUGUCACUCAGAGCUCUGUGGGCCCACCUUCCAUCCACCAGACUGUCAGCCCUGGGGAGUUUUUUUCAGAAGCACUAUAUGGCUUUUCAGAGAACCAGAGGUUAAUCUAUUUGGAAUUAUUCAGACUUCCUUCACUGAAGUUCAACAGUUUUAUUGGUGGAGACCCUGGCAGUUUUCACUUCAAAAGUUGAUCCGCAGGACAUCCUGACAUAAGCAAUGGCUUCUCUCUCUAAAACUGGACUGAGCUACAUUUAGAGUGCCUGACUGAGGGACUUAAACUCAUGAAAGACCAACCGACCAGUUGAUAUUUCAAGGAUAAAUUCCUAGCACAGAAUUGGAGUACAACCAGCAAGUUCUACUAUUCUCUGCCAUCAUUCCAGUGGUAGUAUGCAAAGUUGCAUCAUACCAAAGUGGCCCAAGUUUGUAAGCACUUUAGUCUGUGUGGGAGAGUUUCUGCUUGUGGCGCUGAUUUAUUUCCCAAAUAGCCCAUUUGGUAUGAAAAUUAUAUUCUUGUGCAAAUACUAUAUUUGUAUUUCAAAAUGAUAUUCAUAAAAUUACAGAAACAGUGUUAUCUUCUGUAUGUUUUAAUGUGAGAGGUCUAGGAAAUAUUUAUGAUAGACUUCCCAUUUGAAAAAACAAUGAAGACACCAUACAUUGCUGUUUUGCACAAUUUGUAUCACAAUUUAUUCUUAAUCACAAUCCAUAUAUUUCCCUUGAAACAGUGCAUUUGGGCACUCCUGUGCACAAGAGUAACUUAGACAAAUUGUUAAAUACUGUGCAUUAGUCAAAUGUAGAAGAAGAGCUAGAUGACCCAACUUCAGCUGAAGUUUAGAUAAGAUCAAUGUGUAGACUCACUAAACAGAGAGGAAAGAGAGAUGUACUAGUGUCACUAAACCUGUGUCUGUCUAUUUGUCUUUUCUCUUCCAUCCAUAUAACUUUCUAGCUACCACAUCUCUCUUUUUUUUCUGAUUAGUUUAACCUGAUUUAUUAUAGAUAAACAUUAUGACCUUCCAUUGAUUUUAGUGGUGGAUAGAGGCAAAGUAACGUUUGAUUUCAAGACAGAUGAAGAGCCUCCCUAGAGCAUUUGGACUCUACAAUGCCUCCAUUUGUUUCAGAGACAGGCCAAAUCCCAUAUUUGGAUUAUACACAAUAUACAAACAAAAGUAUGUGGACACCCCUUCAAAUUAGUGUAUUCAGCUAUUUCAGCCAGACCCGUUGCUGACACGUGUAUAUAAUAGAGGACACAGCCAUGCAGUCUCAAUAGAUGAACAUUGGCAAUAGACUGGCCUUACUGAAGAGCUCAGUGACUUUCAAUGUGGCACCGUCAUAGGAUGCCACCUUUCAAACAAUCAGUUCGUCAAAUUUCUGCCCUUCCAGAGCUGCCCCGGUCAACUGUACGCACUGUAAUUGUCUAGGAGCAACAACGGCUUAGCCGCGAAGUGGUACAGAACAGGACCGCCGAGUGCUGAAGUGCACAGCACGUAAAAAUCAUCUGUCCUCGGGUUGCAACUCACACUACCAAAUUCCGAACUGCCUCUGGAAGCAACAUCAGCACAAGAACUGUUCGGGAGCUUCAUAAAUGGGUUUCCAUGGCAAAGCAGCCGCACACAAGCCUAGGAUCACAAUGUGGAAUACCAAGCGUUGGCUGGAGUG